AGCAAUGGCCAGGUUUCGCAGAAGGACCUUUGUCGCCUUGUUGGUCUUCACCCUCUUCGUCUUCGGGACCAUGAUGGGGUUGAAGACCCUAACUCCGGCCGAUGGCUUUGAGGAAUCCCCCCUCGCCCCCGGGCUGGAGCGGGUGGACACACGCCGACCCGUCUCCAACAGCCCCAUCCUGAUGCUGCCUCCCACCCUCACCAAAGUCCCCCGCGCACAUCUGGAGGGCUACCCGACCCCCAAUUACGACCUGCACAUCUUCUACUACGCCUGGUACGGCAACCCCACCUUUGACGGCCGCUACCUGCACUGGAACCACCUCCUGGUGCGUCACUGGGACCCCAAAGUGGCCGCCAGUUACUCCGAAGGCCGGCACAGCCCCCCGGAGGACAUCGGCUCCAGCUUCUACCCAGAGCUCGGCCCCUACAGCUCCAGGGACCCCCACGUUAUAGAGCAGCACAUGCAGCAGCUCCGCACGGCGGCAGUGGGAGUCCUGGUCCUGUCCUGGCAUCCUUCCGGGCUGGAGGAUGAGGAGGGGGAGCCGGGGGAAGACCUGGUACCUACUCUACUGGAUGCAGCAGACAGAUAUCGAUUGAAGAUGGCAUUUCACAUCGAGCCCUACAAGGGCCGCAACGACCGCACAGUGUACGAGAACGUCAAGCACCUCACAGACAGGUACGGGUCCCAUCCAGCCUUUUAUAAAUACAAGACUAGUACUGGCCGGCUACUCCCCAUGUUUUACGUCUAUGAUUCUUACCUGACACCCCCAGUGUCCUGGGCCAACUUGCUGACUCCUUCGGGCUCCCUGAGUGUUCGCAACACGGCGUAUGACGGGGUGUUUGUCGGGCUGGUCGUGGAGGAGAAACACAAACAGGACGUGUUGGAGUCGGGAUUUGACGGGAUAUAUACCUACUUCGCCUCCAACGGGUUCUCCUACGGUUCAUCCCACCAGAACUGGAAGAGCAUCAAGGCCUUCUGCGACGACAGCAACCUGAUGUUCAUCCCGAGCGUGGGCCCCGGCUACAUCGACACCCAGAUCCGUCCCUGGAACAACCACAACUCCAGGAAUCGCGUGAGCGGGAAGUACUUCGAGACCGCCCUCCAGGCUGCUCUGGGGGUGCGACCGGAAAUCAUCUCCGUCACCUCGUUCAACGAGUGGCACGAGGGCACGCAGAUCGAGAGCGCCGUGCCCAAAAAGGCCACACAGCACAGCUACCUGGACUACCUGCCUCACAAGCCCGACCUGUACUUGACGCUGAGCCACAAGUGGGCCGAGCAGUUCCGUAAAGAGAAAGAGCAGUGGCUGAUGUGAGCUGGGCCCUCGUAGAGUCGAAAGGAAACCCCGGUGUCAAAAGCGUGUACAGAUGGGAGCUCAGUUUAUGUUUGAGAAAAGCUGUAGUUACCACAAGCCUUCCUGA